UUUACUGCUAAAAUAAUAUUGUGUUAUCCUUUUUCAAAUUACUAAAUAUAAGUUUACGGACUUAUAGUACAUACUAAAAUUUUCCUGAGUUCAUUAACGUAAAAUAUUUAUAAAUGACUUUAAAUCAAGACUUUGGGAAUAGGAGGCGUCAGAUAAUACCGUCGGCAAGAAGAGGCAUUCAUUGUCAGGACCGGUCAGCGGACGCAAGCGUUAUGGCGCGAUACGGUGAUGACAAUAGCAGCGAUGAGGAGCCUCAGAGGAGCUCAGACGGUGUUGACGAGGUGGACAACGUCAUGAGCAAAUUUUCUCAUACUUCAAGCCCACUUGCUAUGAGAAGAAGAAAUUCUAUGACACCUCCAAAUGUACAAUACACUGAUGAUUCCGAUGAACAGAGACGCCUUGUAUUAAACACUAAUAGCGGUGUCCUAGCCAAAUCCUUACCCGCCACACUCCCGUCACGUUCAUAUUACAGUGACGACUUUGAUGUAUGGCGGACGCCUAUCCAACAUAUCCACAAGUCCGGCUCAGUGUCGCCUCCGCCACUCGGCAAUAGAAGCAAUGACAGCCGGAACUCCAGCUUUUCCAGCAGAUCUCCAAAUAUUUCACACAGAAUAAACCAGUCAACUAGAGAAAGAGAACAAGAGUCCUCAGGAAACGUAACCAAAUUCUUAUUCGGCCUGCUGACAAUAUUAUGCGCUGCAUAUUAUUAUCAAUUCUUUAGCUCAUCAAACCAGCAGGAUAGGUAUGAUGAAAUGAAAUUUCGACGAGAUCUACAUGAAUUGGGAGCGAAGUAUAGAGUAACAGACGACUCAAUUCUACAGUUACAAGCAGGAAUAUCAACAAUAUUUGAGAGGGAGGACACUAGCUGUUUUAUAUUUCUUUAUAACAGCCAGAAAAAAGAUUACAAUCCCGGCAAAUUUUACGGCUUCGUUGAUCACGUGGUAUCAAAUACGGCCAAAUUUUUACGCAACGACACGACCCCAUCCAAGCACCGAGUUGUAGACGGCGCCGACUUAGACAUGGGCAGUCACUCGCAACUGGUGUGCGCGUACCAGGAGGACAUAGCCAAGACGGGAGUGCUCCUGGUCAAAGACGUAGCACUCGUCCCGUCGCCGCUCGCCAUGGCCUUCCAUUAUUACUGCGAUGAGUACCAGCCACUCGUGAGGAAGAGCGCCAUAUUCUUCACACUGAAUACCGCCAAAUGCCACAAUUCAGGCGAAACAUCGUCUCACGCAUCGGCAGAAAGAUGUCUAAAGGAAAAAUGGAACACCGUCCCCAAAGACAACAUCGGGCCCCUCCUGACCAGGGUGGCGAACGUCGUGGUCGACGUCACGACAGUAUAAUAAAGAGUACUGUCGUACAGUAUGGCCACUCCCGCUCCCCGCUGAAAGUGCCGCCCACCCCCUCUCGAUUACCUCACAGUUACCGCAUAUCAAAAACGCGAACAGUCGACCUGUCAUAUCUCACUCGUACAAACAUGGUACGCGUUCACCUACACGAGCUUAGAAUGUGUGGUAGAAACGCGCCUCUUUCAUAUAUUUGAAUAUUUGACCGCCAGUGUCCGCGAUGUGACGUCACCGAAGGCGUGUAACUUUCGUAUGAUAAUUAAUUUACUACCACGUUUUUUCGAAGGAGAGGGAAUGCAUGUACAGUGCGACCAAAAAGAGUAGAAAAUAAAUGAGGGCGCCACUGUGCUUUAGCCGGCAAAACUGAAUAGAUCGAUGGAUCGAGGACAUGAUCGACAUUGAUACUUGCUUGAUAUGUCUAAUAAAAACUUAAAAUACCUAUCUCGAUUGCCGAGGGUAUGGCAAUCGCAACUAUCCCUAACGCAACCCUAAACCCGAUUUCGAUGAUUUUUUUUAUGGAGACAGUUUCAGGUCCGGAGAAGAAACAUACAUAGGGUAGUUUUUAUAAGUCAAGCCAGGCAAAGCCACGGAAUGAAGAUAGUAAUUAAUAGGUAUACAUAGUUAUGAGAUAUUGAAUACAUCUAACGGUUUAGUUCUAUUCUAAUUACAUCGGUUUACUUUUUGAUACAUAUUCUUACAGAAAGAAAGAUAAUAAAACGAAAAGAAAAAGAUUUUUCAAAUUUCUUCUUUUAAUGUAACAAAUCAAAGUCAACACAGAUAAUCCUUAUCUAUCUCAUUCAAGUAUUCUUCUUCCAUUUUUAUCCAAGUAUUAUUUCCUGUGCUUUGUAGGUGAUUCAAACUUGUUAUUCGUACUUCCUUUCUUUAUUAUCUUAACAGCACUCUCAGAUUUCCCUUAAAUUGAAAAAUUAGCAAAACAUUAUUUCCAGGAAAAAAUAUUAUCGAAUAUUGUUGCGUAUGAGGCAGGUCGUCGUCGAUUUUUUUUAAUAAAAAGCCUGUUGAUCGUUCACGUGAUUAAAUAUCAAGAAACGGCAAUCGCACUAUAUGACAUGUCAACGCUCCAAAACUCCUCCAAAUAUUUACGAUAAUUUACGAUAGCGAAACUGCAUAAAAACGGGUCAAUUUGUUAAAAAUUUUACAUCUGUCUGUGCCUCGGUUCAUAAAUACAACAAAAUAAUUUAGAAGGUACAUACCCGACAUAUUAGCAGUUCGUUAUUAAACAUCGUCUAAUGGUCGGUUCCACCAAACCGUCUGUCACCGUUAAAGUUUAUUGUAUGAGAAGUUCCAUAGACGCCUGCUGCGUGACGAUGAUGAGUCUGUCAAAUGUGGUUGAUGCAACUGGCCCUAAAUCGAACAAAAGUCAAUAGUUUCAUUCAUUUGGACUAGAUUUUUAACAACUUUCGUCAAAGGAAUCAAAAAUAACAAAAAAUCAAAAACAUUUAUUCAAUAAGUAGUGACAAAGACAUAUUUAACUCCGUAUAGACGGAUAAAGUCUAAGAAAAAAACGUACCUCAAAGCCUUAGAGAAAAAGGUACGGUGGCCUAGAUGGCGUUAUACCUUUGGGGAACGCUCGGCUAGAUGGCGCUAA